UUACUUUGUUGCCGGCCGUCCAGCCUCAGGCAUGGCAUUGCUGUCCACUGUCCACCUGGGGCUUCCCCCUCCCGGCCGCCUGCAUCGUCUGGCCCUCGUCUCUGGCUCCUAUCACUACUACCACUACGGCUGCGACGGCGUGGACGACCGCGGGUGGGGCUGCGGCUACCGUACCCUCCAGACGAUGUGCUCCUGGCUGGUGGCAGCCGGCGGAGAAGAAGCCGCUUUCCACCCAGUUCCGUCCCUAAAGGAGAUCCAGGAUUCCCUGGUGGAGAUGGGGGACAAGCCUCCUCCAUUCGCAGGCUCACGGGACUGGAUCGGCACUGUGGAAGCAGCUCUGUGUAUGGAUUCUUUCUACGCUGUGCCAGGCAAACUGGUCCACGUCCGCAUUGGCCACGAUCUGGAGCGGGAGCUGGAGACAUUAUAUGCCCACUUUCAGGGCGGUGGGGGUCCUGUGAUGAUGGGCGGAGGCUGGGACCAUGCCUCCAAGGGGCUGCUGGGUGUCUGUUCUGGCCCUGAGGGGCACUACCUGCUGGUUCUGGAUCCACACCACUAUGGCAGAGCGGGCUCACUCAGCCAGCAGGAAGCCCAGGCGGAGGGGUGGGUUUCCUGGCGGGGGCUUGGCUCCUUUGAGGAGACCUCGUUCUACAAUUUCUGUUUGCCCCAGUUCAGGGCCAAAGGGCCCCCUCUGUGAAAGGGGCAUUUAUGGGAAGAGGCGCUGUUCCCAGCUGGAAGACAGGAAUGUGUACAAGCUGUUCGCUCCCAGCACCUUGAGCCCUUUGGGAGGGACCAACCGUGGACA